AUGCGGCUGGCGACAGACGGCUUGCUCGCGGUUGUCUUUACUGUUGUUCUCGCGGCGCUUCUUGUGGCGCGAUCGUCGACUUUGUUGCCCUCGCCGCUGCCUAUGUUCAACUUUCCGGCGGCGCCGACCCAUGAUGCGCUGGAUGGGCGCUCCUCGUCGCCGGCGUCGGUUCCGUGGUCGCAAGCAAGGUUUUCUGAGGGCAACGCGAGAGUGCAUCUGCAUGCAAUGGCGCUGCUGGGGCCCAAGCUGCUGGGAUCGGACGCAGCCGAGGUCCACACUCAGGCGUACAUCCUAUCGGCACUCACCAACAUGGCGUCGUCGCCGAGGCUCUCACCGCGGAUCAAGAUGGAGGUCGAGGUCCAGGUUGCGUCAGGUUCGUUCUUCCUCGACUUUAUCUCGGGCUUUGCCUCGGUCUACCACAACGUGAGCAACGUGCUGGUGCGGCUCUCGCUGGCAGACGGUGAGAACGACGCGCCGGGCUUUCUCCUCUCGACGCACUACGACUCGGCGCUGCACUCACCGGCGGCUUCGGACGCCCUCGCUGGCGUCUCGAUCCUGCUUGAGACUGUCCGGGUCAUUUCCGAGUACCCCGACGAGGUGGCGGAGUCGGGGAUUCUCUCGGCGCCGCUGGUGGUCAAUCUCAACGGGGCGGAAGAGUCGUUGCUGCAGGGUGCGCAUGCGUUUAUCACCCAGCACCGCUGGGGUUCCAACCUCCGCGGCUUUCUCAACAUCGAGGCAGCCGGCUCGGGCGGACGUGAGAUUGUGUUUCAGACUGGGCCGAGGGCCGGAUGGCUCGCACUCUCAUACCUCCACGGCGCGCCGCAUCCGUACGCCAACUCGAUGGCGCAGGACAUCUUCCAGUCGGGCAUCAUCCCGUCGGACACCGACUUUCGCAUCUACCGCGACUACGGCGAGCUGCCGGGCAUCGACAUGGCGUUUGUGGCAAACGGUUAUGUCUACCACACGCCACUUGACCAGGAGGUGUUUGUCACUCAGGGCUCGCUCCAGCAUGCCGGCGACAACGUGCUCGGCACGCUGCUUGCACUCGGCGCCGAGUUUCCGUCGCCCGCAGAGCAGGCGCCGUGGGACGCCGAGUCGCUGGUCUUCUUCGACGUCCUCGGCCUCAUGACGGUGGCCUACACGCUUCGCUCGGCCGAGCUGCUGCACUCUGCACUCGCGGCUCUCUGGCUCGCCCUCAUUGCUGCCAAGCUUGGCGCGCCGUCUACCGGCAAGCUGCGGCACAUUGCGCGCGACGUGAUGGCACUUGCAGGGAUGAUGCUCGGCACAAUGCUUGCGCCAGCGGUAGUGGGAAGCGUGCUUGCCCUCGGCGCACCGUUGUUUGGGCACACCAUGGCGUGGUUUGCCUCGCAGUGGCUCCUGGUGGUGCUGUUUGUGCCAGCGGCGCUGGCGGCCAACGUGGUGCUAGCCGCGGCGCUGUUUGGCUCUGAACGGCGGUACGCGGUGGCAGGACGGGCAUCUGGACUCGACAUUAUGCGCGGGGUGUGGGUUGUGCUCCUCCUCGGCCUUACCUUUGGCCACAAGGGCUCGUCGUUCUUUCCUGCGCUGUGGGUGGCCGGGCUCGUGGCGCCGGCGGUGGCGUUGGCGAUUCCGGCGGUGGCGCGAGUGUGCGAGCGGUCGCCGCUCGGAUACCUCGCGCUCCACCUUGCGGCGCUUGUGCCGGCGCUUGUGGUGGCGCUGGUGCAGAUCCUGGGUCUCUUUGAGUUCUUUGUCCCGCUCAUGGCGCGGAUCGGGACCGCGGCGCCGUCAGACGUGGUGAUGGGUGUGGCGGUCGGUGCGCCGGUGGCGGUCAUCGGUUCGGUCUUCACCUUGCUUGUACUCGAGGCGCGCGGCAUGGAGGCUGCGCCGGUUGGGCGGGCGUACCCCGAGGCGCGAAAGCGGGCGACGGUGUCUGCAGCGGCUGUGGUGUGCGUGUUGGUGUGCGUUACGCUUGUGGGUGUUCUCCUUGUCCCACGCAUCUCACCGUAUACCGAGCUUCGGCCGAAGCGAGUCUUUGCACAGCACGUGCUGGGCGACGAUGCCGACGGGCCUGGCUCGGCGCUCUGGCUCAAUGUCAUGGACUACAACUCGAUCGGAUGGCUUCUCGGGACAAGUGCCGGCCUUGCCGAGUACGCGGCCAAAGCCGAGACGCUUGUUUGUCCGGCGGGCCGUGUCUAUUGUGCGCCAUGGUACCUCCCAAUUGCGGACAUGGUGACGGGUGGGCAGGUUGUGCCGGUCGACUCGAGCAACGUGCCGCUGCUUGUGAACCCGGAGCUUGUCCGCAUCACCAGCAGCGCAGUUGAGGGUGGAGUGGCGUACGUUUUCCGGUUUCCGGCGGCGACGACGCACGCGACGCUCACGGUUGAGCUUCCGGCCGAGCGCGAGAUUGUCGAGUGGUCGAUUGCCGACCCGCUGCCUGCGCGGCCUGCAAACGGCGCGUACUUUAUCUAUCUGACGGAUGCCGUCGGCGGCAGCGCCCGCCCGGAGAGGGACGAGAGCCAGCACGUGUUCGAGGUCCGGAUGGUGAUUGCUGGGGCGGGCGGACGGCUUGCGGUCGGAGUCGCCUUCCACUCACAGGCGCUCACGCCGCAGCUCCAUGCGUUUGAGGCCAGUCUCCCGCCGUGGGUCGUGCCUGUCUCGUGGGUCUCGCAGCACGUGCGGAGGAGCGUUCAGUAAUGAACGCCGAUAAGUGG